CCUACAGAGAGUGCCGGCUCUGGGGCUCUUCACCCCGCGCCCUCUGGCCUUCCAGCUGGGAAGACAGACUCCAUCUCCCUGCGGCUAAACAUGAGCUCAUGGAUGCCCUGAGGCGGCCGGGGCCAUUUCGGGCAGUCCCUCCUGAGGCCUGGCCUGACUGCAGGGAGGAGCCUGGGUCCUGGGUGAGGACCCCCAGCCCGCCCACGUGGACCGCAGGCCAGGAAGACCAGGACGGGGGCAGCUCCGCGUCCUCCGUGUCAUCGGGCCGCCUCUCAGGCUCCUCUGGUGGCCAUGAACCCUGCUUCCCUCCCCGAGGGCCCUGGAGGGAGCGGCCGCCCCAGGCUCCGGGCCACCAGCGGCAGCCCAGAAAGAGAGACCCCCGGCUAGAGCAGCUGAGGGACAAGAUCCGGGCCCAGGCCCAGUGGCAGGGGAGCUGCGCCUCCCUGGGCACCUCGGUGCCCUCCAGCACCCCACGCUUCUCCAAAGCCCCCGCUGUGGCACUCCCGAGGAAGAGCCGCAAGGUGACCAGCGCCCUGGCAGUCCCAGUUCCCUGGGAAAACGCCAAGAGGAUGAAAAGCAGUUCUUAUAAAACCGAGAAGGCCUCCAGACUGCCCGUCCCCAGCAGAGCUGCCAAAAGCAAAGAUUCUGAGUUGGUUGGCGUUUACGCCUGGCGGAGAGGACAAGCACUGGUACGGUCGCUGCUGGGGCCCCCUCCGGCCCGCCCCAGGCUCCAGAGCAAGCCACCCUCCAGAGAGCCCGCCCCCGCUGCCGACUUAGGAGCUGAUGAGAGAGCCCCAGCCGCCGAGGGCUCCCCCGGCUCCCCCUGGUCGUCCAGGCCCACCUCUGCUCACAGUGACCAGCUGGCUUCCCGCAAGCCACCGGCGACCGUCCACAACGCUCUGGCCAUCCUCCAGGACCUGCGCCAGCAGAUUCAGGCUGGGCUGGAGAUGGCUCAGCACCCCAGGGGCGCGCGGAGGCCGAAGCCACAGAACCCAUCCGGGAGGAGGCAGCCGGGCCUCCCCAGCGCCCAGGCCGCACAGAGCGCCUCUCCCAAGAGCCCGUGGACUGUGGCGACCGAGGGGACACGGUCCUCUUUAGGCCGAGCUAGGAGCUUCCACAGCCAGAGGCCCUGGAGCUUGCUGGCUGAAAGAAAGCCCAGUCUACAGAGGGCCUCGAGGUCCAGGACCCCAGACCCAUCCUUCCCAAGGCCCAGGGGCCCUGCCGAGGGAUCAGGCCUGUUUCCUGAGCGCCCCUGGAGUGCCCUGGCUGGACAGGCCUAUCCGCAGAAGAACCGGGCAGCCCAAGGCCAGGACUUCUACCGAAGGCCCAGGAGCCCUGCCGAGGGGCUGAGCCAAAGGCCUGGGAGCCGAAGGCCCGGGAGCCCUGCCGAGCGGCUGAGCCGAAGGCCCGGUAGCUCUGCGGAGGGGCUGAGCCAAAGGCCUGGGAGCUCUGCGGAGAGGCUGAGCCGAAGGCCCCGGAGCCCUGCCGAGGGGCUGAGCCGAAGGCCCCGGAGCUCUGCGGAGAGGCUGAGCCGAAGGCCCCGGAGCCCUGCCGAGGGGCUGAGCCAAAGGCCCCGGAGCCCUGCUGAGGGGCUGAGCUCCUCCGGGCGGCCUCCCAGCCCCCUGAGCCCCUGGGCAACUUAUGAAGACCGGAAGGUUCACGUCUCCAGACCCUGGAGCCCUCUGGAAAGACCUGGCCUCUCCCCCAAGCCCUCCUGGAGCAGCUCCUUCCUGCAGAAGGCAGGGCCCCCUCCCUGGAGAGCCAAGCAGGCCUGGCCGAGGCCCCCCCGGGGGCAGGACAUGCCCCGUCCCAGGCCGCAGAAGGCUGUGGAGCAGCCCCACAGCUCCGAGUCCUUACGAGACUUCAUGCGCCGCAAGGCCCAGGCCCGGCAGCAGCAGGCCCUGGAGCAGAAGGCCAGGGCAGCCCACACACUGGACCUGAGGAACCAGAGGCUGCAGGAGGUGUACCAGAAGCAGAGGGAGGCCAUGCUGGGCAAGGCGUUCCCCCUGGUCUCCCAGACGAAGCCUAGCAUCGUGACCUUUGUUCCCAGUUCUGCACAGGCUGGGGAUUUAGAAGUCCCUGGGAGCCUGGGUUUGCAGGAGUGGAGCAAGGUGACAUCUGGCAAGGUGCUGGGGGACCAGGAGGCCCCAGGCAGCUUCUGUCUGUGUUUGAACAGAGCCUGGAACCGUGCCGAGACCCCAGACUCCAGAGGCCGCCUGGACAGCAUGAGUGGCGCCCCGCUGCUGCCGUCCACCGCCUCCUGGGCCCACCCAAAGCUCGAGGACCUGCCCCAGAGGCUGUGCAUCUAUGUGGAGCCCUGGGAGGCUGAGGCCCUGGGCCGGUCCCCCCUGCAGUUCCAUUACAAACAGGCCCGGCUGCAGGCGCUGGAGACCAUGGCCGACGUCCUCAAGCAGCGCAUCGACAUCCUGACCGCCAAGCUGCGCCGGACGGAGUCGCCGGACACUGGCAGGAGCCUGGCCUCGGAUCGGCCCCGCUCGGGGCCCGGCACGGUGCCCGCCACCCCCACUCUCGCUUCCUCUGCUCCCAGUGGGGGAAGAGCGGCGUCCGCGGACGCGGUGCGUGUGCAGCCCCGGUCCCUCCUCCCUGCCGCCUGCUUCCCAGACGCUGAGACGCCGCCAUGGAGCUCGAGGUGGGAGCCACAGAGCCCGAGCGCGCCGGCCUACCUCCAGAGCCAGGCCAAAGACAUCCCGGACGAGGAUGAGUGGGAGCUGGAGAAGAGGCCGCGGGGGGCGUCAGCCCCGCUCCAAGCCCUCAGCACCUACACACGGAGCUCCUCCAGGACACCAGCCACAGUGAACCCCACCAGCUCCUCCCUUUGGCUGGAGGAAGUGCCAUCAGCCAGAGCAGCAGGCUUGGUAACGCCCUGGACGGGCCCGAGCUGCGGUCAGCAGGAGCGGCGUCCUGAACACCCGCCCGGAGGCCGGUUCCUAGCCAAGCUGCGGCUCAAGUCCCGGAGCUUCCUCCAGUCCCUGAAGCUAGACCAGCAGAAGCAGGAGACAGCUCUGAGCCUUCUACGGCAGCGGGCCGAACAGGAGGUCUGGGAAACGCAGAUGGCGCUGGAAGGACUGCUCUUCAAACACCAGCUGGAGGAGCUGAUGCAAAGACAUUCAGCCCAGGCCAGCCUAGGAAAGGCUUUGACGCUGGAAGAACCGCAGCCCUGCGGGGGCUCAAAGCCUGUGACAGCUAGACCCAGAUCAGUGCCAGCCCCGGGCAGAGUCGCCAGGCCAUCCUCCCAGAGUCCCGCGGCUACGCCUAGGAGCAGGGCAGGCUUGGCGCCAUCUGCAGUGUCCAAGGGCUUCAGGGUGGCCAUGGUGGAGCAGAGCCUGCACGAAGAGGAGCUGCACGCCCGGCACCAGGCUUCGCUGCUGCGCCUGCGCGAGCUGGCGCUGGAGGAGAAGGAACGUACCGAGCUGGCCUGGCUGGACCACCAGGGAGGGUGUCUGGAGAUCAAGGGGGAGAAAACAGCUGAGCUGUCCGAGAGGAAACAGCAAGCCAUCAGCAAGCUGGAGAAAGAGCGGAGGGAAGUCCGAUACCUGAAAAACUGUUCCCUGGCCACGCACCAAGGCAGGAAGCAGCUCCUACAGUGUCAGAAAGCCAUCCUGGAAGCACAGAGGUCUGUUGCCCAUCUGCGGCAGGAGCUCCAGGCUCUGGCCCAGAGUCCCAGCGGCAGAGUCAAGGGCGUCUUGAAGGGGAGCCCCAAGACAAGCCAGCAACCAAAGAGGGCACUGUGCCUCCUGCCACCGCCCGACCAGCAGCCUCCAAGGAGCCUCCAGAGCUCAGCGGCCACACAUCCCCACUCUGAGCAACAGGCGACCCCGCCCCAGACAACGUGGGAGGCAGAUGGCCACCCACAGCCAAGAGGGGAGGACACCCCCGAGGCCAGCAGCCCACAGGUGAAGAGUGCCAAGCAGGCCAGCCAAGCGUGGGAGGAGCAGCCUCGCGUCCCUCUGCACUCAAGUUCUCCGGACGUUGGACAGCUGCCAGGCCCGGACUUUCCCGCCAUCCAGGCAGCAGGGAGUCCCCCAGCCCAGCCCAGGCCACAGGAGGCCAAGGACCUGCCCCCAGGAGACCCCGCCACCAAGCCCCGCCCCUCCUCAGCGGAUGGCUAUGCUAGAGGCUUCCAUGGACAGAGCAGAGAGGGACCUCAUGGCCCCCAGGAAGCCAUUCCCCGCAGCAGCCCACCCCAUGUGUCAUCUUAA